AUGGACAGCGACCUGGACGACGUCGGGAGGUGUAUAGACGUCUUCGGCCGAGGCACCAUGACACGCGUAUAUCUCAGCAACAAUUUCAUCUCUGAGAUGCCGGUUGCCACCUUCCAAGGGCUUUCGAGCUUGCAGUGGCUGUACCUCGAUCAAAACUCCCUCUUCGCGCUUCCGGGAGAAAUUUUCUCGGGCCUCGACCAGCUCGAGCGACUGUCGCUGCACCAGAACUCCCUCUCCACGCUCCACGCGGAUACCUUCGCGGGGCUCGCCGGGCUGCAGGAGCUCUCGCUGACCUCGAACCCCGACCUCCAAUGUGUCCCCGCAAACGACGCCAUCACCCUCGAGGUAGACGACACGACCGUCGGCACGUGCGGGUGCGCCCCGGCCGAGGCGGUGAUGUGCGGGGACGGCGUGUUCUGCAUCCCCGGGGAGCUCGGCUACUCGUGCGGGACUACGGCCCCGACCCCGGCGCCGACUCCGGGGCCGACGCCCCCCCCCUCGCCCGCGCCUUCGCCGGCGCCAACGCGGGCCAAGAACCCUUGCCUCGACCCGGCCAGCGAGGCCUACCUCUGCAGCGUCAACGGGACCGAGAUCCACCUUGACUACUGCGGGAUCACGGACGACGACCUGGAAGAUGUCGAGACGUGCCUGGACGUCUUGGGGCGGGGCUCCAUGACGGCCUUGUACGUGCGGUUCAACUACCUGACCACAAUUCCCGAGGGACUGUUCGACGGGCUCGGACACCUGGAAAAGUUGUACCUGAACAACAAUGGGCUGAGCGAGACGCUAUCCGCAGAGAGUUUCCAAGCUCUGGGGAAGCUGCAGGUCCUGAACUUGAACGGAAACUCUCUGACCGCGCUGCCUACGGACCUUUUCCGGGGCUUGGGGCAGCUCCGACACCUGUGGAUCAACAUGAACCUGCUCACCACGCUCGCCGCAGAGCUGUUCGACGGCCUUCCGCAGCUUGAAUCGCUGGACCUCCGGCUGAAUCCCGAGCUACAGUGCGUUCCCGCAAGCGCCGCCGACAACGUGGAGACCACCGAAAUCUCUUCUGGGGUGUGCGGAUGCUCCCUGGCACCUGCCGUCUUGUGCGAUGUCGGUCUGGCCUGCGUGCCGGGAGAGCUCGGUUUCACCUGCGCGACAUCCGCUCCAACGCCGGCUCCGGUCCUGCCGGGGAACAAUACCUGCCUGGACCCUGCGAGCGAGCACUACGUGUGCGGCAUGCCCGGGACGGAGCUGGACUUGGCGUACUGUGGCAUCACGGACGACAACCUGGAAGAACUGGCGGCGUGCAUGGACGUCUUCGGGAGAGACGCCGUGAAGGAAGUCCGCCUCGGGUACAACUACUUGACCACCUUCUCCGGAGACCUGUUCCACGGACUCACGCACGUCGAGCGCAUCUUCCUGAACGACAACAGCCUCGUCAGCGUCCCGGCCGAGGCAUUCCAGGGCCUACAGGCGCUACAGGUUCUGAACUUGAACCGGAACUCGCUGGUCGGCAUCCCUGCGAGUGUUUUCCAGCCGCAGGACACCAACUCUACAGGACCCGGACAUCUCCAAGACAUCUGGAUGAACAUGAAUCUGCUCAGCACUCUACCUGCCGGGCUGUUUGACGGGCUGGAUAUGUUGACUUCGCUGGACCUCCGGCUGAACCCCGACCUGCAGUGCGUACCCACCACACACGACGCCGUCUCUGUUAGCGCCGAACGCCUAUCCUCCGACGUGUGUGAAUGCUCUCCACCUCAGGCGGCCGUGUGCAAUGCGGGUCAAGUCUGCGUCCCAGGAGAAUUCGGCUACACCUGCGGCGUGUGA